AACCACCCUUUUACCGCCCCUCUUCACUCACUCUCUCUCUCUCUCUCUCUCUCUCUCUCUUCUUCUUCUCUCACUAGUGAUUUCUAUUGCACUUCAAAUUGAGAUUGAGGUGAACCUCAAUUCAUCAUUAGAUUUCUUUCACAAGAUCUACAUGUUCUUUUUUCCUUAGGAAAAAAAAAAAUAUUCGUUUCUUUAAUUUCUUUUAGGAAUUUAGAGUGAAGAUCUGCCCCAAUGUUUCUUCGUCUUCACCCGUGCUUUCUCGUCCUGUUGAUGUUGUGCAGGGGGUCGAAUGGAUCGUUGGAUAGUAAUCUUGGGAGUGAGAAACGAUCCAUGUUUUCAUUCUUUAGCCGAUUCUUGACAGAGUCUGCUCAUCGUAGAGGCGUGGAGAGAUUGUCGUCUAGUCAUGUUAAAAUGAGCACCGUCAAUCGGGCUGGGGCAGUGGGUGGAAUAGGUGCCAACUGGGGCUCGCAGUCGUCGCACCAUUUGCCGCCAAAUACAGUCGUGCGAAUGUUGAGGGAGAACGGGAUUCAAAAAGUUAAGCUAUUUGAUGCCGAUUAUGACACAUUAAAAGCUCUUGGCGGCACCGGGAUUGAGGUCAUGGUUGGCAUUCCCAACGACAUGCUCUCAGAUCUUGCUAGCAAUCCAAAGGCCGCCGAAAAAUGGGUUUCGCAAAAUGUAUCUCAGCAUUUGAGGGACAACAAGGUUAUAAUCAGGUACGUUGCGGUGGGAAACGAACCGUUCUUGGAGACGUACAACGGGAGCUUUCUCAAAACGACGUUCCCGGCUCUAAGAAACGUUCAAGAGGCCCUAACAAGAGCGAAUCUUCGCGAUCAAGUAAAAGUCACCGUCCCACUCAACGCAGACGUUUACACCUCCGCGAGUUCCUUGCCCUCCGGCGGCGAUUUCCGAGCGAACAUCCACGACUACAUGCUCCCGAUCGUGCAGCUGCUCAACGACAACCAAGCGCCGUUCACCGUCAACAUAUACCCCUUCAUAAGUCUCUACACCGACUCCAACUUCCCGGUCGAGUACGCAUUCUUUGACGGAAAUGCGACGCCGGUGAACGACGGAGGCACGAGUUACUACAACAUGUUCGACGCCAACCACGACACGCUCGUCUGGGCGCUUCAGAAGAACGGGUUCGGGAACCUGCCGAUCAUAGUCGGCGAAAUCGGUUGGCCGACUGACGGCGACCAAAACGCCAAUCUACAAUACGCGCAACGGUUCAACCAAGGAUUCAUGACGCAUAUAGCCGGAGGGCGAGGGACUCCGAUGAGGCCCGGCCCGAUCAAUGCGUAUCUUUUCAGCUUGAUCGACGAGGACGAAAAGAGCAUCCAGCCCGGGAACUUCGAGCGCCAUUGGGGCAUUUUUUCGUACGACGGCCAGCCGAAGUACGCUCUCAACCUCGGCACCGGAACCGCGACUUCCGGGCUAAUCCCGGCUCGGAACGUGACCUACUUGGAGCAAAAAUGGUGCAUCAUGAAGUCCGAUGCGAGGAUUGACGGUUCGCAGGUUGCUCCGAGCGUUAGCUACGCGUGCUCGCGCGCCGACUGCACUUCGCUCGGGUACCAAACGUCGUGCAGCGGAAUGGAUGCUCGGGGGAAUGUGUCGUAUGCUUUCAAUAGCUACUAUCAGAAGAGCAACCAGCUCGACGAGGCGUGUAAGUUCAACGGGCUCGGGACGAUCACUCGGGCGAAUCCGUCUACCGGAAAUUGCAGGUUUAAUAUCAUGAUCAAGCCUUAUUAUGGCGGCGCCGCCGCCGGAGGAGUUUCGGGCCGGGCUUGGAAGACGUUUGUGGUGGUGGGUUUUGUUGCGUUUUUGCUGAUUAAGUUGUGAUCGAUCUGUGGGACAAUACAGAAUUUGGUAAUUAGCAUUUUGGAAGGUGGAAUUAAUUGCCAUGAUUUGAUGAUUUGAUUUAAACUUUUGGUGUUUUUGUUGUUGUUGUAGUGUUGUUUGCAUUUGUAGUGUUAAUGCCUGCAAAUGCUUUAGUGCCUCAGCAAUAUAAUGGAGGUUGAUUGAAUCAUUAAUUUUCUUCAA